AUGGCGUCUUCGAACACUACAGGUAGUGAGGAAAAAGUAGGGAAAGUAGACUGCGAUCAGGACGAGGUUCUAGAGUUGGGUAGAGAGUUGGAAAACAAGUGUCACGAGCUUGUUGAAAGCGCCAAAGAAGCCUCCAAAUAUCUGCAUUCUCUUGCCGACGAAAUUGACGAGCAUUACAAAAGAUGUAACAGAGGAAAAAUUGUCGGUUCGACACUUUCCCUGGUGGGGUUCCCACUUAUUGCUGUAGGCUUUGGUUUGUCAUUCGUGACAUUUGGAGCGUCGCUUGGUCUCUCCAUCGCCGGUGCAAUACUGAGUGGCGCAGGAGGUAUCACAGCCGCCGGUUCGGGUUUAGCUGAGCAUUUCAUCACCAAAGCCAGGUGCAGAGCGGCACAGGAAGCAGUUAAUGCUGUCCACGAGAAGGCUGAAGCAUAUAAUAAGAGCUUAGAAAAGCUUAAAAAGAUGGUUCCAUCUUCUGGUUUCUUCUCCGCCGUUAGACAUACAGGUUCGUUAGCGUCGAAUGCAGCGAGCGGUGUCGGGACCUCAGUCAUAAAUAGCGCCAGGCUUUUUGCGGGCGUUGCAGACGACGCCGCCGCAACUGUUUUUAGAGGGCUGAGUACAGGGCUACGAGUAGUACACAUAGGUGGGUUUGUGUUGAGCGCACUGCUGGUACCCUACGAUAUUUACACCUUAGCGUCGUCCUCCGUCAAGGAGCAUCGCAAGACCGGGUCUGAACAGGCCAAUAAGAUCAGAGAACUAGCCAGAAAAAUUGCACAGGUGUUCUCGCUUCUAGAUCCUGAAGACAUAGGAUGGUUGAACUUGUUCAGCUAG